AAUUUAUUUAGUUGUUGACAAUAUCGACCGUCUAAGUUCCACACCGACGGCUAUAAGAGUUUCAUUAUAAAUUUUAGCAAAAUAAAAUCAGCAAAUAAUUUUUUCUUGACUAAGCUUAAACGACGCCGUUAACAUUUUCUUCUGGCUAACAUGAACAACUCUUUGAAGAAAGAAGAACGCGUAGAAGAAGAUAACGGAAAAUCUGACGGUAACAGAGGGAAACCGUCGACGGAAGUUGUUCGGACGGUAACGGAGGAAGAGGUGGAUGAGUUUUUCAAGAUAUUACGGAGAGUACACGUGGCGACACGAACGGUUGCGAAAGUUAACGGCGGUGUUGCUGAGGGAGAGUUACCGUCUAAGAAGAGGAAACGGAGUCAGAAUCUUGGGUUGAGAAACUCGUUGGAUUGUAACGGCGUUCGAGACGGAGAAUUCGAUGAGAUUAAUCGGGUCGGGUUACAGGGUUUGGGUUUGGAUCUGAACUGUAAACCGGAACCAGACAGCGUUAGUUUAUCGUUGUAGACUUGUAGUCCUUCAUGUUUUUCCCCUUCUUACAAUAAUCAAUUUUUUUUUAACUACAAUACUUUUGAAAAAAAUGGUAAAAGAAGAUUAUUAACAUGUUAUCCAAAUUUCAGAUUCUUCAGUUUUAUUUUAUACGUCAAAAGAGAAGUUAUAUAUUUGCAAAA